CAUUCUUUUAAAGGAAAAUAUGUCUGUGCCAGUUGGAUCUUUAAACCAGAUUUACAGUCGAGAUGACACUGAUUGAGGGAACAUGUGACAGCAAUUUUGCUGCCCCCUUGAUUUAUUGGCCUGAUAAACUUGAAUGGGAUCACUCAGUACAGGUUCUACGUUCUUCAAUGCAGUGGUAUGAACCCAGAGUUAGGUUGUCACUUGAUUCAUGCACACUACAAUUAGGCAGUACCGGACUGUCAUCAUGGCUCCUUGAUCUUGUACUAUGAACACGUAAAUUUAUGUAUGUGUACAUUAUCGGGCAUUGGACCGUAUGUGUCACAUUGGAUUCCAUGGAUUGCCACUCCAUCUUUGUGGUUCAUGCUGUGACACUGUUCCGCUUCCCAACUCAAGAGGGAGCUACAUCAGUAUCACAUCCUAGCCUUGAACUAGGAAUGUAGGCUUACUGCACAAGUAUUGGUAGGUGCAUACAGUAGUGCUGUGUGCAGCCAUCUCAGUAACUGCAUUUGGAGUACCGGUAACUACAUGGACAUGUGUAUGCAAAUGUUUCAAUUCUUAUAAGCAAGAACAGUGUAAAUCUUGCCUGUUGUGAACACUGAGCCAUUGGCAGGGGACUCCAUCAUAUGAGAAUUACGGCAUGGCAAACCACCGGACAAACCACCGGACAUACCUUGCCAGAUGGAAAUAAUGCACUCGCCUCCCAUUCGCAUCCCAACUACUCCCAGAGCCCCCCUAUGCCAGCAGGCUCAGUCGAGCAUCCCCCAUGCUGAGUACUUGGACAGUCAUGAAGGGGACAGUGAACUCUCUCUGCCACCGAGAGCGGCCUCACAGCCGCAACCGUCAGAGUUGACCUUUGACACAGUACUUAAACCAUUGUCAGUUCAUUUAGUGCAAAGGCAGGAGUCACCCCAUGGUUACACAGUGGGCAGAAUCAGGGAGGAUGCGUCGCCAGUGGUGUCCGGGAAACCUAAUUCACCCUUAGAUGCACAGGAUGCUUUUUCCAAUCUGGUGAGUCCCACCCUUCCAGUUGUCAGGAUUGAAAAGAUGUCACCCCAACAAGCCAACGAGGCUUCCACUCUGGGAAUUUCACCAGUGUCAUUGGCUAGCAGCCAACAGACCACAAUUGAGCUGGCUCCAGUGCCGACCGGAUCCAUCCAGUGUGCUCCCAAUCUUGUUCCUCAGCAGCAGGCUCAGUCACUGGCCCAUCAUCACCAGCCAGCCAAACCAGUUCCAACUGCCAUGGUCCAGUUGGCGCCAGGUCCCACCACAAUGAUGCAGACGGUUAAGCCAGGUCUAGUUCAGCCACCACCAAUCCAACCAGCUCCAGCUCCUACCAGUUUGGUUAAGCUUGCUCCUGCUCAGCCUGUGCAGACGAAAAAGAACAAGAAGCUGUCGCCAAAGAAGAACAUUCUGUGCAAAGAUCGUGAAUUUGACGUGAAUAAGCAUUGUGGUGUUUGGGUAGAUGCUGAUCAGAGACAAUGUACAAGGUCUCUUACCUGCAAGACUCAUGCCUUAUCACUACGGAGAGCAGUCAAAGGAAGACGGAAACCCUUCGAUGAACUUCUCGCUGAACACAAAGCUCGAUCUCAGGCCCUGGCAGCUGCUAACAAUCCGUCUCUACUGAAGAAAUCAACAUCUCUCCAACAAGUGCCGUCCUCAGCGUCCAGUGGGUCAGCACACAGUUCAACCACACCCCAAGGCGUCACUCGACCCAGCACACCCAAGGCUACACAGACACGCCCUAACACACCCAAAGCACUGACACCCAAGGUCUUAAGUCCUCGGCCACAGGCCGUUGGUAAUCUGCAAGUAAAAUCAGAAGCCAGCAGCAAACCACUUACUGUGUUCCAGAAGAUAAUGCCUGUCCCAAGUCCUACAAAAACCUACAACCUCAACUCAGUUCUUCCGGCCAAUAGAAAAAACCCUUUGCUGACACCACUGGAGUCCUUCCCCUUGGAGGCAGCUUCAGCACAGACUAAAGCACCUGAAGUAGGGCUUGGAAGUACCAACAGCAGCCACACCAAGCCGUCUGAGGAAGAGAAGACAGUGGAUGGAGAGAAAGAGAAAUCCGAUUACUCCUGCUCCCAUCAUCAUCCCAGACCAGUUGCAAUGUGUUCCUUUGGUGCAAGGCAAGUUGGUAAGGGCCUGUAUGCCUUCAAUCGGAGACUAGAUUACCUGAGAUCCACCAUGGCUGCCUUAGUGGAGAAACACUCUAAACCACCUCCACUCAAAAAAAUGUGCUUAUCCAGUGACUCAUCUCAAGACCUUGCUGCCCCAAUGGAUACAACUCCUCCGUCCUCUGAGUUUCAAAUCAACAGUUUCACAGCCCGCUCUGCUGCCUCCACAAGUGCAUUUUCUCUUUCAAGUGCUUCACCAUUUGACAACACUCCCAGUGGGAGUAGGACCUCUCUUACCACUUGCAACAGCAGCAGCAGUGGAACUAACACGCUCAGUAAGAGUAAGAGCUUGCCGAAUACCAUGUGUAACAAUUUCAACAAGGGGCUCACCACGAGCAAGAAACCGAGUGGAAAAACCAGCGGUAAAGCUCUGAGUAAAUCUGCUGACGGCAAGACGUCUUCAUCCCUCCAACAUCCUGUCAAGAAUUCAAAAGCCCGCAGGAAAAGUGGGCCAACUGGAGGGAAGAGUAAUGUUGGUGUAAGUGGCAGUGUCACACAGAAUUUGUUUUCAGGGUCAAGUGCUAGCCCAGUGACACUAACGACAGGCUCCAGUAGCUAUUCCAUUGUGACUAACAGUGGGCUACAACCAGGAGACAUUCUCAGCAGUGGCAUGGUUAACUUGGAUCCCGGCUCUAUCACCAAUCAAGAAUUGUCAAGUAGCCUUCUCAAAAACCUACGCUUUGUGGUGACAAACAUUGAACCAAAUGUCAAUGGUGGUGCAGUCAGUAAUACAGCAGCCCCGCAAACCACUGGUAACUUCACUGUUCCAAUAUUGAAUGCAACUAUCGGAAAUACACCAGUGUUACUGGGGAACCUGGGUGCGCUAGCCCUACCCUAUGAUGGGAAAUUGAAUGUCAAAUCUCGGACAAAGAGUGCAGGCUCGGGUAAGUCAACAGUGGACAGACAAGGGAGACGACUGUCUGGCAGCAGUACCACGGCCAGUCUGCAGAAUGUAGCAAUAGUUAGUCAGCCUUUCAUUGACAGCUCCACACAGGAUGUGAUAGGUGUUGGAGCAGGAGUAACUGUGAGUGAGAGGGUUACCGCUGCCAACACUUGCCAGCCUCUUCAGAGUCCACAGUCUGUGCCCAGUCCUCAACUCAGACCGAACUCAGCCAGUCCUCAGCUCACUUCACCCCUCCCCAAUGGCAUCAUUCCCUCACCAACCAACAUCACUUUCAAGCCAUAUCCAAGCACCUCUAUAACCACCCCAACAACAGCGUCAGCCAAUCAUGUGCAACGAGGGAUGAGUCCCAGCCGAACAAGCACACCCUCCCCUAGUCCGGGUUCUGCAGACACAUCCCCUAAUGUCAGUGGCCAACUACUAGCGGGCUCAUUUAAUACAAGUGGUAAACUUGCUCUAGUCUCACCCAAAGGCAGCUCUCACAACCUUCAGAAAUCCACCUUGAAUCAAAAGCACAGCCACCAUCAACACCAUCGCCAUCGAACUGUGUCCCAACUUUCCAGCCAACAGCAGCAGCAACAGUUACAACAGCAGCAGCAGCAGCAGCAAGCUCUACAAUUUCACCAGCUGCAGCUGACACCUCAGCAGCUUCAGCAGCAGUUACAGCAGCAGCUUUCCAGUCUUGUAGCGAUGGACACUCAGGGCAAACCUUUGCCACUGAGUAGCACCUUAAUCCCCAACCUCUUCCAGAGCAUUCCUGCCCAACAGGUGGGCACUGGGGUUUUGCCUGGGGGUCUCACCCUGGCCCCAACAGUAGCCACAGAGCAAGGGGGUAAGGUGCUGUCCCAGUCUGCUGUCCUCCCACAAGGGGCUAUUGCCUUGCACCUGCAGCAGCCAGGAUCUGGCCAGCCAGUCAGACUAUCCGAUCAAUCACAGAUUGGCAUGAGUCAAGAGGAGGACAACAGACAGGAGCUGAAGAUGCAGCACUGAUAGCCAAUCAGAGGCUGGGCAAAUAGAUGGUGCCUAUGUGAGAGUUGGCCAAUUGGAUGAGGGUAUUUUGUGAAUAAAUUAUUUUUGCCACAUUGUAUUUAAAUGAAUGGAAUCAGGGAACAAAAGUAAUAUAUUUAGUCGUUUAUACUUAGAUGUCACUUGACAUCAGAUGAUAAGGCUUUAUAUUAUUUUUUAUAAUGAAUUGCAAUUAAUAUAAUAAUAGUUGUGAUUGUUUCUUGCAUAUAUUGAUACUCAAAGAACAAAGUCAAUUUUGAGUUUCCAUUCUGAAGAGUACAUUACCUUUGCUGGCCUGAAGACAAUAAUCCAAAAAGGUUACUCACUUGAUCAAUAUACAGAAUUAAUGCCCUCAUAAAACCUGACUGGCAUUUGUGCCUUCAAACAUGAAAUUGGAAUGUUGAAUUCAACUUUCGGGCUGUAGCUAUGCAGAUUGCCCCAUCCUAAUUAGGGAUCUUUCUCGCUCAAUACAACUUGCACAUUAAAUUUAAAGCACAUUGGCAUGUGUUCACGUUUAGCCACGGGAAGCACUGGGCAGUACAUGUAAGUACGUAUACAACCUUGAAAUAUAUGCGAUGUACCAGGGCAUAAGAAAAAGGUAUCCAUUGUGAUCUACAAUCUAUCAUUACAAGACAUCUUUUAACCACUUUCCUCUGGAGUUCUUGGUACUGGGUACCUUGGGUUUGCACACACAGCCGGGGUGCCCCAAAUCGGAUAUAGGAGCUGGACCUUGUAACAAAAGACCGUAAUUCAAACAAAAGACUGAGCUGCUGGGAAUUGUCACAAUUUUUCAGUUGGCAUUAGCAGAGGUAAUCCGUCAUUGUUUUGAAACUGUAUACCACUGCAGCAUUCAGAGCCCACGGAUUAUCAGCGGGGACAAAAGUAUUCCGGCACUCCAUUGAUAAGCGAUACAGUACCACUGCAUGCUAAUCUGGCUGCAUUUGUAAAGACACCACUGCUAUUCAGCAACCCACUGUCCCAAUUUGGGGAACAAAGGAAAUUACGCAACACCACACAAUCUGGCCUCUCCAGGCCUGGCUGCAAGACUCACACGUCAGUGGAGGUCGCCUGUCAAAUUAGAGGAGCCACCAGACAGUCACUCGUAUGGGUGUAAGCAUUCAGUAAAUGAAGUUAUGAACUUUUUAAGAAUUUUGAAAACGGAAAAUCUUGAAAAUCGCCUGGCAACUUGUCCCAGAUGUGCAAAUUCUACCCGGUAGCAAGUAGUUAAAGUAUCUUCAUUCGCUCUCACACGUGCAAAAGUGGGCACUUCUGGUUUUGUUUUGUUCUUUACUUUUCUACUGAGUGGGGGGGGGUUGUAUUUAUCAGUCGGAGCAAAUCACUAUAUACUUCAAGGUAACUGCAGUCAUGGUAGAAGCACUAUGCUAGUUAUUGUGCCCUGAGUCAGGCAUUCUAAUCAGUGGUCCUGGCAUUAUUGGGGAUCCUGGUAAUUGUGUAGUCAUCCUGUGCUGGACUGGUUUUCAUAUUUAACAUCAGUCAUCUUAAAUUAGUGCAUUAGAUAUAUCGUACAUGUCAUUUUAACUUGGAGAUCUGGGUCACUCUGGAUCAGAGUAGAGAGGUGUGUUCUGGAGCAGUAUUGACCCUGUGCUUAUCGCUUUUCAGCAGUUAAUUCUUUGAGUAUCAGUGAAAUGGACUUCCUUCAGUGAAAGUCAUUUAAUGCAAAUGUUUCAAAAAGUAGAUGUUUGCACUCUGAGCAUUUAUACUGUGCAGUUUUUCAUGUGUUGUAAUGGUUCAAGUGUGAUGACUGACAAGUUCCAAGCAUUCACCACACUUUACAUAGUGAUGGUAUGUUAAGUACUGUGACAGCUAUGAUGAGAAAUGGCAUGGGUGUGUGUGUGUGGGUGUGGGUGAGUCUACACGGUGGAAUUCUCAAAGGAUGUUUGGAGAGGGGCCGUUUUGAAAUGACCUUUAUUGUUAUUGUAUUAUUCUCAAAUCUGUGCAAAUUUUUGACAUGACAUAUUUCACCAUGUAGAGAGACCUUAACACACUUUGUGCAAAGCAAUGCACCCUUCUGUUGCAUCUGACUGUCUUCUUUUAGGACAAGUUUUUAGCAAUUGUGAAAUGUGCUACACCUCAUAACGUCAGUACAUUUACGAUAAAAGAUCCCACUAUUCAGAAAUGGUCUUGUAUUUGAUCUUUCCAUCUAGAGGUUUGGCAUUGCAUGGACAUCUCUUACAGAGUCACUAAAAUUGUCCACUUCAAUCAUAGGUGUCAAAAAUAUUUUGAAAAGCAAGAAGAACAGAAUUUGGUAUGCAAAUGUUGGCUUUUCCCAUUGUGGCCCAGAAAAAUGGUUUCUGUGCACUGUAUUGU